ACGGGCGCAAUGCAGGGCCGGCCAGGGGUGCGUGGAGCGCGUCGUCGGGGAGGAGGUCAGCGCGGCCCGGCCCCUCCCAUUUCUCCUUCCCUUUAAAGCUUGGUCCCCGGGAUCAGCCCUGGGCUCCGGGUUACCAGUCACUGCGCCCGGGGACUCCUGACGCCGACGGGGGACGAGCCGGGGAGCCGCCACCUCCACCGGGACGACAGGCGACCUUGCAGGCGCCAUGCACGCGUUCACCGGCCUCUGGGGUCCCGGAACGACCCGUGCGCCGCCCGCCGGGCGCCUCCUCCUCCUCCUCCUCUUCCUCCAGGCUGCGACGCGCCCCAGCUGGGGGGACCCCGCAGAUUCAGAGUUUACAAGUCUGCCUGUUCGGGAUGAAAUGAUAGCCAAGUACUCUAACCUUCCCUUGGAGACUCAUAACAUAUCACUGACAGAACAUGUGAGUACUCCAGUAGAAAAAAAUAUCACUUUGGAAAAGGCUUCUAAAGUGGAACUCGCAUGCCAGCUCACCACAUCUGGGGAUGUGAAUGCAGUGAACGUGACUUGGAAGCAAGGUGAUGAGCUACUUCCGAACAAUUUUGUCAUCAACACGACAGGAAACACCGUGUACACCCAAUACACGUUCACCAUCAUUAACAGCAAGCAAAUGGGAGAUUAUUCUUGCUUCUUUGGAGAGGAAAAGGAACGAAGAGGGACAUUUAAAAUCAAAGUCCCUCAACUUCAUGGAAAAAACAAGCCACUGAUCACUUACGUUGGAGAUUCCACUAUCUUGAUGUGUAAAUGUGAGGGUUGUCAUCCUUUAAAUUGGACCUGGUACAGAAUGAACGAGAGUGCACAGGUUCCUAUUGAUACACACCUGGAUGAUAAAUACGUCAUCAAUGGAACGUACGCCAACGAAACGAAGCUGAGGAUAAAGCAGCUUCUAGAGGAUGACAAGGGCCUCUAUUCCUGCCAUGCAGUAUUCCAGCUGGGUGAGAGCGAAGACCACGUAGAGCUGGUCGUGCUGAGCUUCCUGGUUCCACUCAAACCAUUUAUUGCCAUCGUUGCUGAAGUGUUCAUUUUAGUGACCAUCAUCCUUCUUUGUGAAGUAUACACAAAGAAAAAGAAGCAGGGCCCAGACGAUGGGAAAGAAUUUGAACAGAUUGAACAGUUGAAAUCAGAUGAUAGCAAUGGUAUAGAAAAUAAAGCCCCCAGGCUCAGAAAAACUGAAUCUGUGGACCAAUGAAUGGAAAAGAUCUGAUCAGCUAUCGGGAAGAUGUACCAAGUUUGUAUCUCAGCUUUGUAUCUUUAUCUUUGUUUUGAAGAGCAGCAGUUUUUAUUUCUGCUUUUUGACGGUGAAAAGCUCAUCCCAAAUGCAUCACAGAAGCUUCAUAAACAACAUGUGCUGGCUCAAAUCGGGAGAUACAGUUUCUUUUUGUAAUUGGUUUUACAUUAAAGCAAGGUAUUUGUCUCCAGUGUGUUGAUGCUCUUUGGUCCUGAACACAUGUCUUCACAGGGAAAUGGAUGUUUUGUGCUUUUGUUAAUGGUGGUUACCCCACUGGAAGACAGGUUUUCAUUCUGUAAAUAAGGGGGAUGACAAGGGAAUAAAACCUGUGCUUUCCCAGAGCAUUAUCACUACAAAAGCAAAUCACUACCUGUUUAUUCUACACUUUUCCACUGCUUUUCUCACCAAGCCAAAGUGCUUCUUAGAGUUGAAGUAGAGCAAUGAUGUGUCGUGUGUGUGUGUGUGUGUGUGUGUGUGUGUGUGUGUGUGUGCGUGUGUGUAGGUGUGUGAGUUUGCAAAGUCCCAACAUCCAUUGGAUGUUGAUGAUUGAGGGCAAUCUUCGUAGUUAGAAUGCAGCACUGCUAUCUGGAGUGCUUUAAUGGUCAUGGUUUCCUGGUAUAUUUGAUUGUAUACCUAGUUUUGGGGAAUCUGUGGCCAGUUAAAUGGACUAUAUAAAAAUGCGUUGUUAGUGCUUUUUAAUAAUAAUUUCUGUUUUCUGAAUUCUAGAAAUACCAAAGUAUGUCUUUUAUUUUGUUAAAAAUGCCUUACAUCUAUCUUCACAAAUGGGAUGAUUAGUUUCUAUUGCAUAUAUAUUGGAAAUGUUGUAUUAACUGGCUAUUACCAAAUCAAAUAAACUCUGAAUGGACAAGCAAA